AUGAUAUUCGUUUUAGCGAUACUCAAGGUAUUCUGUGCCCUCUCUGCAUGUGCAACUGUCCCACUUCUGUGGAAGUACUUUUGGGCAUCCAAGCGGCCUAAAGAUUUCCCUGCUGGCCCCCCUAUUUUGCCCUUUAUUGGAAACCUUCACCAACUACCGCCGGCCAAACCGUUCCUCAAGUUCCAUGAAUGGUCUCAAACAUACGGCUCGAUUGUUGGAAUCAAACUGGGUCCCCAGAAUGUCGUUGUUCUCAACAGCUGGAAACAUGUCAAGGAUCGCCCUGACAAUCAUGUCGGGAAUGAUCACAUUUGCCCUAAUCAAACUCACAUUCUCUUGGUACCAUAUGGGCCAGGGUGGCGGUUGCUUCGCAAAACAGUACAGGCCCUUCUCAAUGUGAAAGCCGUCGAUGAUAUGUUUCCAAUCCAGAACGCAGAAGCGACACAAACGAUGUGCCAGAUUCUCCAGAACCCCAAUGGAUACUACGACUACAUCCGACGAUAUUCCACUGCCGUGGUCUUGUCUUCUGUUUUCGGACAACGUGGAGCUGAAUUUGAGUCCCCAAAGGUUCGAGCGCUUUACCAUGUGCAAGAACGGUUUACUCGUAUCUUAGAGCCGGGCGCUACACCACCAGUUGAUGCGUUCCCUUGGCUGCGAUAUCUUCCGCGAAUCUUUGCUAGUUGGAAAACCGAGGCAGAGAGUAUUCGGGCUGAGCAACGUGCGUUAUAUUUUGGUUUGUUGGAAGAGACCAAAACUCGGAUUGCAAAAGGGGCUACCACCGACUCUUUCAUGGAGCGAGUCCUGCAGGAUCAGCAAAAAACGGGAUUAGAUGACGAGCAUGUUGCUUAUCUUGGAGGAAUCUUGAUGGAAGCUGGAUCUGAUACUACUUCAUCGACUCUACUGUCUUAUUUGCUGGGUGUGAUCAGCAACCCAAGCGCACUUAUAAAAGCCCAGGAGGAAUUAGACAGCAUCUGCGGGAUUGAGCGUUCGCCGAACAUGAAUGACCUGGAUAAGUUACCAUAUCUCAGAGCGUGCAUGAACGAGACAGUACGAUGGCGACCUGUUGCCCCUGGUGGUAUCCCGCAUAUGCUCAUACAAGACGAUUAUUAUGAAGGAUACUAUUUGCCCACAGGAACAAUCGUCUUCGCAAACGCGUGGUCAAUCCACCGAGAGAAAGAAGUGUACGAUGCAGGUGAUAAAUUUAUCCCGGAACGUUUCUUGAACAACAAGUUUGGCUCGCUUGAAGAUGAAGAGGAGGCAAAUGAUCAUCGCAGAACUACAUAUAGCUUCGGCGCAGGGCGUAGGGUAUGCGCCGGCCAGCGACUAGCAGAGAACUCACUUAUGCUCAAUAUGGCCAAGAUUACUUGGGGUUUUAACAUCUCCGCAAAUAAUUUGGAGAUCGACUGGGAUGUGAAGACAGCAUACACAGAUGGUUUCGUCUUCUCUCCCCAAAGGUUCCCGGUGAAUAUAACCGCACGGACUGAAAAGCAUCGAAAAGUGUUUGAGGAUGAACUUCAGGCCCAGCAAAGUAUUUUUGCGAGGUACGAAGAUUGA